GAGAAGAUUAUUAUUAUUAUCCAACCAGGUUAUGUGAGCAGUGCCAGCAGCCAGUGACAGUACAGCAUGUUCUUGUGUCUCCUAGGAGGUAUGAGGCAGAAACAGAAGUGAUGUUAACUGAAAUGAGGAAUGAUUAACAGAAAUAAGUAUAAUAUGUAAUAUAAUAGUAUAAAGGAAAGGGAAUAAUGCGGCUAUCUUGAGAGACACUGGUCCAGUAAAAAGGACCUAGAGUGAAGAUGGCCCAGUAAUGGACUAGUUCUAGGAGGAUGCCAGCUGCCUUGAAACCCCAAGAAAUAAAGAUGUACAACCCUGAUUGAAAGCGGAACAAUAAGUUAACUGACUUCCACUGUCGGACCUUAACAGUGUGACAACCAGCGGAAGUAAACAACACAAGCGCUAGAAGCGUUAGCUGCAUGCACGUGUUGAAUUAGUUGGAAGACGAUAUUAUAGCCGUAGCGCAGAUUAAUAUUUAAUUUGUAAUUAAGCAACAAUGUCUUCAGUUGAGUAUUUGAGAGAGUUUGUCAACGAGCGACUAACUGCUGCUGCUGAAGAAAUAUUCAGAGUUUUUAAUAAAACCAUUAUCGAGUACGAGGAAGAGAUCGAUCGUCAGCGCAAACUGUUGGAUAUCGUUUUGAAUCCUGAAAUAAAGUUGCACAGGAUAGAGCUCCCACAGCAACAUGUCUGUAAGGAGGAGGAGGUUCUCGCUGACCAGCAGCUCUGUAUUCAGGAGUGGAACUCCAGUCUGGACCAAGAGGACCCAGAGCCUCCACAGAUUAAAGAGGAACAGAAGGAACUCUGCGUCAGUCAGGAGGGAGAGCAGCUUGUACUGAAGCAGGAGACGGAGACCUUUAUGUUGACUCUUACUGAUGAGGAAAGUGACCACAGUGAAGAUCAGACUCUGGACUUGAGGUUCGAUGAAUCUCGGAGUGUGGUGGAGGAAAAGCCUCUAAGCUACAUUUCAGUUAUAAGCGCUGUAGUAUCAGAACCAAACAGUGACCACCAGCUCCUCUCUCACAACUCUCAUAUAGAGAGCCAAGAUCAGAGAGGAGGCAAGAAUAGAGACUCAGGAUCAACUAGAAAUGCAGAGCCAAAACUAAAGAAAAGACAUAACAAAAGCACAAGUCACAGUAACAAUGUAAACAACUCUAACUUGCAUAAGAUUCACCGUAAUACUCACACAGGUAAACAGUGUUUCAAAUGUGACACAUGUGGGAAAGCUUUUCAGUUUGAGUCCUAUUUGUAUAGACACCUGAAAAUCCACACAGGUGAGAAGCCAUAUUCUUGCAAAAUGUGUGGAAAAGAUUUUCGAUAUAAUAGUGUCUUGUUAUGCCACAUAAGAACCCACACAGGUGAGAAGCUGUAUUCUUGCAACACCUGUGGGAAAAGAUACUGUCGGACAAACGAUUUAAAGACUCAUAUAAGAAGCCAUACAGGUGAGAAGCCAUAUAUGUGCAAAACCUGUGGAAAAUAUUUCAGAUCUCACAGUUACUUGAUGGGCCACAUGAAAACCCACACAGGUGAGAAGCCAUAUUCUUGCAACACAUGUGGAAAAGAUUUCAGACGCAAUAAUGGCUUGUUGGUCCACAUUAGAAGAGCCCACACUGGUGAGAAGCCAUACCUUUGCAAGAUCUGUGGGGAAAGAUGCUUUGAUUCGUCUCAUUUGGCAAAGCAUAUAAGAUCGCAUACAAGCAGUUAGCCUUGUAUUUGAAAAAUAUGUGGGAGACCAUUCAGGUUCAUGGUCAAAACAUAAAAACUCACAAAAGUGAGGAGCCACAUAAUUGCAGCACUUGUGGGAAAAGUUUUAGUCAAAUCACAGACUUGAUAAAACACCUGAAGAUCAAUAUACACAGGAGAAACCAACAAGCUGAAACUGCUGUGGAGACUUGUUCACUAGUAUGUAAUACAGUUUUGUUUUUUGUAAUAACUACGUCUUUGUAACUGAAUGUAUGUAAUCCCCAUUGAAAGGAGGUCACAAUGUCUAACUGUAAUGAAGUGAUGCAUUUAUAACAAUGCCAUCAAGUUUUGUUAAACUAACCUAGUUUUUCCUUCAUAUUACUGCAUUAUCAUCAGUAAUCAUCAUUUCUGUUGGCAACAUUAUUGCUUCUUUGAAAAAUCUUUGUUGCACAUGAGUUCAUAGCUCCUACGAAAGUAGGUCUCCUACUUUUGAAAAUAUUAAAUGUCGUGAAAAACAAAA